UGCAAUCCUUAAGGGCCAAUUACUCUUCAGGAACACUGAGCUAAAAUGAAGGACAUGCCACUCAUAAUUCACUUUUUACUUGGCCUAACUUCCAUUGCACUAGUACACUCUGUGGAUAAAAAAGCAGACUGCCCUCAGACAUGUAUGUGUGAGGUAAGGCCGUGGUUUACUCCAAGAUCUAUAUACAUGGAAGCUUUGACAAUAGACUGCAAUGAUGUUGGCCUCUCUGCCUUUCCAACCAGAUUGCCUGUGGACACACAGGUUCUACUGCUACAGGCAAACAACAUUACAAAAACUGAAUAUGCAUCAGACUUCCCAGUAAACCUUACUGGCUUGGAUUUAUCUCAGAACAGUUUAUCCUCAGUGGCCAAUAUUGAACUUAGGAGGAUGCCCCAGUUGCUCUCACUGUAUCUUGAGGAAAACAAACUUACGGAGCUGCCUGACAAAUGUCUGUCUGGACUAACCAAUCUCCAAGAACUCUACAUUAACCACAACCUGCUUUCUUCAAUCGCUCCAGGAGCCUUCGUGGGCCUGAAUAAUCUUCUUAGACUUCAUCUCAAUUCAAAUAGUCUGCAACUGAUCAACAGUAAAUGGUUUGAAGCUAUUCCUAAUCUUGAGAUUCUAAUGAUUGGAGAAAAUCCAGUAAUAAGAAUUGAAGACAUGAACUUUAAACCCCUUAUCAAUCUGCGCAGCCUGGUUUUAGCAGGCUUAAAUCUCACAGAAAUACCAGAUAAUGCCUUGGUUGGCCUUGACAAUUUAGAAAGCAUCUCUUUUUAUGACAACAGGUUAGUUAAAGUGCCCCACACAACUCUUCAGAAGGCUACAAACCUUAAAUUUUUGGAUCUAAACAAGAACCCUAUUAAUAGAAUACGAAGAGGGGAUUUUAGCAAUAUGGUUCACCUCAAAGAAUUGGGGAUUAAUAACAUGCCUGAACUUAUAUCUAUAGAUAACCUGGCAGUUGACAAUUUGCCAGAUUUGAGAAAAAUAGAAGCUACCAAUAACCCCAGAUUAUCAUACAUACACCCAAAUGCAUUCUUUCAACUUCCCCGUUUGGAAUCACUCAUGCUCAACAGUAAUGCACUAAGCGCCCUGUACCGCAGUACUAUUGAGUCUUUGCCUAAUCUCAAGGAAAUCAGCAUACACAGCAACCCAAUCCGAUGUGACUGUGUAAUUCGAUGGAUUAACAUGAAUAAAACUAGCAUCAGGUUCAUGGAGCCAGAGUCGUUAUUUUGUGUGGAUCCUCCUGAAUUUCAGGGUCAGAAUGUGAGGAAGGUUCAUUUCAGGGAAAUGAUGGAAAUCUGCCUUCCACUGAUAGCCCCAGAAAGUUUCCCCUCGAACCUGAAUUUAGAAACAGGCAGCUACAUUUCCUUACACUGUAGAGCAACAGCAGAACCAGAACCUGAGAUAUACUGGAUAACUCCAUCAGGACACAAGCUACUGCCAAACACAGUUUCUGCCAAAUACUAUGUACAUUCAGAAGGAACACUGGAUAUCAGUGAUAUAACACAUCAAGAAAGUGGCCUAUAUACAUGCAUUGCAACCAAUUUAGUUGGUGCAGAUUUAAAAUCUGUUAUGAUUAAUGUGGAUGGGUCUUCUCCCCGGGAUAACCAUAAAUCUUUGUCUAUUAAAAUAGAAGAUGUGCGAUCUAAUUCCGUACUACUGUCCUGGAAAGCAAAUUCUAAAAUAGUGAAAUCUGCCAUUAGAUGGGCUGCUUUCCCCAAAGAUGGAAACUCUCUGCCUUCUCAGAGCGCUCGCAUCCCAUCCCACGUAAAGGUAUAUAAUUUUACACAUCUAAUCCCGUUGACGGAAUAUACAAUUUGUAUGGGCAUCCCCACUGUCCAACUGUGGAAUGCGAGGCAAUGCAUCAAUGUCACCACAAAAGGACUGGACCCGGCAGUGACAAAUUAUGAGAAAAGGAACAUCAUCACAUUUCUGGCCUGCCUUGGGGCUCUUUUGGGAUUCAUAUGCCUCGUAUCUCUCUUCAGUUGCAUCUCUCAUGAAAUGAACUGUGAUGCAGGACACAGCUAUGUAAGGAAUUACCUGAAGAAACAAUCUUUUUCAUUCAGUGAGCUUUAUCCUCCUCUAAUUAGCCUUUGGGAUACUGGCAAAGAAAAAAGCACAGCACUCGAAGUCAAAGCAACAGUGAUAGGCGUUCCAGCUAACAUGUCAUGAAAUAUCAGUGUUGCUGUACUUAAUAUUUUAAAAUUACACGUGCAAGACUACAGUUGUGCUCAAUAAAAAAGCAAAAAAAAAGU